CACCACCACACCACACCAACCACAAUGACAAUCAAACCCACCACCUCACCUUCACCAUCCACAACGACAACCAAACCCACCACUACAUCUGCACCAACCACCUCCCCAAUGAAAUUUACUACUACAACAUCAUCGAAAUCUACCACACUUUCACCAACCACAACUACAAUGAAACCCACAUCGAAAAGUAUUCCCACAACCACCCCAGCCCCCCUGAAAACCUGUGAGCCAAACCCGUGUCCUAAAGAUGCCAAAGGUCAGCCUGUUGCCUGUCAAGUGGAACAUGCAGACGGGAAACAUAAGUGUGGCAAACCAGAUGAUGGACCCCUGAUCAGAUUCCACCUGGCUGCCGGCUUAUCACCCCUCCUGUUGCCAAGAACUUGACUGUAGCUGGACAGCAGCGGUUCCUUUGGGGAAGUAAAAUGCAGUGCCGCCAUCUGCAUCGUAUCUGAGGGCAACAGCAAAUGUUAGACAUUGAACAUUUAUUUGGGAAAAACGUUAAAUGAGGUGACACAGUAACGUAACUUACACAAGUCAAGUGAAUUAUACUUUCCUCGCCAUGUCAAACGUAAUAAAAACA